AUGGCCCCAAGCGGCGCCCCCAGCCUGACUCCAAUGGCUCCCACAGGCAUCACAACCAGAACAAGCUGGAAAACAACAGCCAGUAAACCAUUGCUGUCGUUCAGUAAGAGCCUAGAAGACCACGCUAUAGGCACCGGGACUCAAACUGACAUCAGCAGCACUGCAACAGCAAGAAAACUCCUCACCACCCACGGCCUCACCAUCCCAGUAGCAGGAAAUGCACUCAAAGAGAUCACAGCAGCCCUAUUUGAACUGAGCUUGACCCCUAACACAGGAGCCACCCUCACAGAAAUACUAUGGUCCUUUGCAUUCAUCCUCCACGAGGCCAGCCAAACCUGUGACAUAAACAACAUACUAACCAAAGUCGACUCACUAAUCAAAAACCCAAUUGAAAAACUAGAAAACAAUGUCAAGGCACUAACACAACUUGUAGAAAUGCAGAAGACAACCAUGGAAGAAACGGUAAAAGAGGUACACAAUCAAAUGAAUAUGUCCCCAGAAGGAAUAGAGAAAGCACUAGAAUCAGCGAUCCAAAAGACUAACCAACAAUCAAGGCUGCAAACAGAGCUCAGAGGGUCUGGAGGACCUAGAACUUAUGCAGAUGCGAUCAAAGCAGGAACUCCUGCUCAACUGACCAAAAUUCUCACCCACAAUGAAGCUCAAACACAUCAAAUACUCAUUGACAGAAGAUCCCUCCUGUCCCCCAAUUUUCUCAGAGACCUAACAGAGUCCCAGCUGGUCACAAAGGCGUCCAUGGCCCUAGAACUAAUGACUCAACAGAACAUCGAAUACCCACAAGACCUCUCCUUUGUUUCAGCGAGAAGGCUUCCGCAUGGAGGAAUUCUCUAUGAACUCAACACCAAGGAGUCAGCUGAAUGGUUUAACACCCCUGCCAACAAGAGUAACUUUCUAGAAUUCUAUGGUACUAAUGUAGCAAUCAAAGACAGAUCCUUCCACAUUCUAAUGGAAAACGUACCAAUCUCAUUUGUCCCCAACAACCCAGCAGCUUUAGCGGACAUAGAGAAAAAGGCCGGCCUCCCACAGCGCACCAUAACCAAAGCCAGGUACAUCAAACCAAUAGAACGCCACAGCCCCAACCAACAAACAGCCCACAUCGCCAUCACUUUCACCACAAAGGUAGGAGCAAACCAAGCAAUCAGAUUCGGCCUGUCGGUCGAUGGAAAGAAAGUUUAUGAAUGUAAACUACUCCCAGAACCGACCAGAUGUCUACGAUGCCACUCUUUUGACGGCAACCACCUAGCAACAGACUGCCAACAAGAAAAAGACACCUGCGGAACAUGUGGAGAGGACCACCGCACCAACACCUGUUCAGUCACAGAUCCAACGUUGUACUAUUGCAUCAAUUGCAAAGAACACGAACAUGCUGCAUGGAGCAGGGACUGCCCAACCUUUGUCAAGAAAUGGGAGGCUCACAAGGACAGAAAUACGGAGAAUAAGUAUAUCUACUUCCCUACCAAAGACCCACUAACCUGGGAAACACUCCCCGAAGCCUACUCAAACUGGGAAGACGCUCCUCCCCCAAACCUUACUAACGAAACUCCUCCCACACAGCAGAACACUGGAUAUCCCUCACCUCAAAAAAACCAACAAGAAAGAUGCACAGUAGACACCGACCACCGCAACAGCUCUCCUUCACACCUCAGAAACCACAACAACAUACCCCUGGGACCCAAGACUCAAACGCAAACUCGACUCACUGACAACUGGCCAAACCCCACCCAGAAAACGCAGCAACAACAACCUCACGACACCCGCAACACCUUCUCAUCCCCAACCCCAUCUGACAAGGACUCCUCAAGAUACUGGUCACCAACGCCGCCACCAAUCGAAGACAUACUAAUCCCAGACAGAUCAGCACUCACCACAGGAUGGAACUAA